GCUGAAUUUUUCCUUCCUUGGUUGGCACAUGAUGAUGCUAGUUCGGUUGACCCAACGCGCAGUGCGCAAGCAACAAGCGUCCUUGGUGGCGCUGGCCGUGGAACCUCAUGCCAAGGCCUCAUCUGCCUCCAUGGGUGUCCUUGUCGGUGCGUCGGCGUUGAUGUUGGCAUCUUUCUCGACGGCCGCGUCCAAUGACCACGCGUUGAACCCCAACGAGUGGCGAUCGUUCCGUGUGUACAGCAAUGAACGGCUGAACCACAACACGCACAAGUUGCGCCUGGAAUUCCCCGAGGAGGACCAAACCAGCGGCCUCACUGUUGCGUCGUUCCUUCUCACGAAGGCGCAUCUCAACGGCAAGACUGUCAUCCGUCCAUACACGCCAACGUCCGCAAACUCUCAAAAGGGCCACCUGGAGCUCAUCGUGAAGGGAUACCCCACGGGUACGAUGAGCAAGCAUCUCGUGAACUUGAAGGCAGGCGACCACAUCGACGUCAAGGGCCCGAACAUCAAGUUUACGUACAAGCCGAACUCACGCAAGCACAUUGCCAUGGUCGCGGGAGGCAGCGGCAUCACGCCAAUGCUGCAAGUGGCUUUGGAGAUUCUGCGUAACCCCGAGGACAACACGGAUGUGACGUUGAUUUUCGCCAACGACACGGAAGAAGACAUCAUUCUCCGCGACGAGCUGGCGUCGUACGAGCAAAUCUACCCUGGGUUGAAGGUCAUCAACGUCCUGAGCAAGCCCUCCGCGUCAUGGACGGGCUACACCGGCUACGUCACCAAGGACAUCUUGGAAAAGCACCUCCCUGGACCCUCCACGGACAACUUGGUCCUCGUCUGCGGCCCGCCUGGCUUCAUGCACGCUGUGUCGGGCGGCAAGGCUAAGGACUACUCCCAAGGUCAAGUCGAAGGCAUCCUCAAGGACCUCCACUACACGUCCGAGACUGUCUUUAAGUUUUAACCUGCUCAAUGUACAAGUUGCUCAUGGGGCUAUGUUACUCUCG